AUGAAAGAUCAAUUUGGUGGAGGUGGUACAGAUGUAAAAGAUAAUCGUGAUUAUUUGAAAGAAUUUUCGUCAUUUGGACAUUUGUCGGAUGAUUUAUUGAAUCGACCACAUCGUUCAAAGAACAUUUACAAGUACGAGAAAGAACAACCCAAGAAGGACAAUGAUCACGAUGAUGAUGCUUCCAAAUCGUCAGCAUCUUCAAAAUCGUCAGCAUCAUCAGAAUCGUCAGAUUCUUCGGAUUCGAAAGAUUCUUUGAACUCAUCGAGUUCUUCCAGUUCUUCGAACUCUUUCAGUUCUUCAAAUCCUUCAGGUUCUCACAGUGUUUCGAGUUCAUCCAGUUCUUCAAGUUCAUCGGACUCAUCCGGUGCUUCAAAUUCUUUGGGUUCUUCUAGUUCUUCAAGUUCAUCGGACUCUUCCAGUGCUUCAAAUUCUUCGGGUUCUUCCAGUUCUUUAAGUUCAAGUUUCUCCCAGUCAAAAUCGAAGGGCAAAGACAAGGAUCAGUCUAAGGAACAUAAAGAUUGGAAAAAUUCGAAAGACAAUGAUUCCGAUGAAGAUUCGAAAAAUUCGAAAGACACUGAGUCCGAUGAAGAUUCGAAAAAUUCGAAAGACACUGAGUCUGAUGAAGAUUCGAAAAAUUCGAAAGAUUCUGAGUCCGAUGAAGAUCAGGAUAAGAAACACGACAAGAGAAAACAAGAAGAGAAUGAGCACAACUAUCAUCAUCAUCAUCAUUCUAAACACGAUAAUUCUGGAACAUGGAUUAAAAAUGAAAAUGAUGUGACAACUGACAAAUUGUCCGACGAUGCGUACAUUGAACAGAAAUAUGGUGAAAUCAACAAAGAACACGAUAAAACGACAUCACAUAAAAAUGAAGAGGAAAGUUCAAAUUGUAAUAAAACUCUUAAUAAGAUCGAGGAUAAAUCAAAGGACGGUAAAAAUGAUGAAAUAAAAUCAACGAUUGUCAAAGAUUUGAUAGAAAAGAGAUCAAACGUUAGCAAGGAAGUUUUACAAUGCACAUACGCUAGGAAGAUGUUAAUUGUUAGAAUAUUUAAAGAACUUCGUGAACGUAUUAAACAUAAAUAUGGUAGCAAUUCAAUGAUGUAUCUGCCAAAACGUAUACGGGCUGCAUUAAACGUUAUUGAUCGAAUCUUAGCUAAAAAAUCUCAAUCUUAUGGUUCAAGUGCAUUUUUAAACUUGGAUUCGCAUAUUGGAGGUGGUUCCAAAAUUACAGGCCAUCAACAAGGAUUACAUUCUUCGUCUAACUCAGAGACGUCUAAUGAUAAUUCUGCUCCACUUUAUCACAAAAAAUAUCAAUGGUUCAAUCCCUCUUUACCUUUCCUUGGACCAGGUCCAGUUAUAAUUCCACCUAAAACUCACGAUCAAGACGGUGGAACCACAAAUCCUUCUGAAACGUCAUCGCAUGAUAUUAUCUCUAAAAGGAACAAAAUCCAUGCUAAAGUGCCGUUCGAAGGCUCUCAUCAUUUAAUACCAGUGAAACACAAAGAUAAAGUUGUGCAUUACAAUCGACCACAUUUCCAUAUUGGUAUACCAAACAAUCCUAUUUCUUCUAGUGGUAGUGAUGGUUUUACGAGUAGCAAUUAUUCACCAAAAUAUAUAAUAGAAUCAAUUUUUAAAAAUAUGGGCACACAACCACAAGGCAAUGAUUAUAUUCACAAAUGGAACGGACCGUUACUAUUUCCUACUUUGCCAUCGGUUGAGAACAAUGGAAAUCAUAACAAUCCUAGUACAAAUCAUCAUUCUAAAGGAUUUUCUAAUUUUGAUGAAUUUUUACAAUCUACGAUAAUUGGCAAUCAAGGUGGUAUUCACGAUAUACGUAGCAUAUUUCCUGGAACUUCAUCAUUUUCGAAUUCUCAAUCUACUGCAACUAGUAACGGUAAGGUAGAUUUGAAUAACGAAAAAUCAAAUGAAAAUGACAAUUCAAAAGACAAUCAGUCAAAGAACGGGCAAUCUGUGGAUAAUCAACAGUCUGUAACACCAAUCGGCAAUGAUAAAAUAACAUCUUCUACUUCUGGAAAUAAUAAGAAUACCAACGAUUUACAAUCUGGGAAUAAAACAUAUAAUUCAGUUGGUACAAAUAACGAUAAUCAAUCUGAACAAGAUGGAACAGUUGUAAAUCAAGGAGAUUAUGUAGAUUCAGAUGUAUUAUUACCUUCCAAAAAUGAUACAGUAGUAUCGAAUAAUCAAGAAUCCAAUGACGGAAAUAAUGGGCAUAAACCGGACUUAGACAAGCCUACUUCGGAAUCAUCUUAUUGGAACGAGAAUACUGCGGAUACUGAAACGGCAACGAAAAAAUCAGAGCAAGACUUCAACAAUAUUCAAACUAUAAUAAAUAACGUCGAUGAAGAUAAUGAAAGUAUUUCAAACGGAUCGAAACCAGAAGAAAACUCAGCUAGUACAUCAUCUCAAUCAGGUUCGUCAGUUUCUUCAAAUAAGCCAGAUGUGCCAGUAUCGUCAAAACCGACAGAAAACAAAUACGGACCGAUAAUAACAACCAAACCAGACUGGUCAGUUACUUCAGAUAAACCAGAAGUACCAAUAUAUACAAAAGGACCAUAUUUGCCAAAUACGUCGAAUAAACCAGACUUGUCAGUUCCUUCAAAUAAGCCAGAUGUACCAGUAUCAUCAGAAAGACCAAACGAACCGAUACCCGAUGUACCAGUAUCAUCAGAAAGACCAAACGAACCGAUAGUAACAAUCGAACCAGACUGGCUAGCUUCUUCAAAUAAGCCAGAUGUACCAGUAUCAUCAGAAAAACCACACGGACCGAUAGUAACAAUCGAACCAAACUGGCCAGUUUCCUCAGAUAAACCAGAUUUACCAACUUCUACAGAUAAUACACACCAGCCAUCUUCUACAGAUAAUCCUCAUCACCCGACUUCAACAGAUAAUAAUCCUCAUCACCCGACUUCAACAGAUAGUCCACACUACCCAACUUCUACAGAUAAUACACAACAGCCAUCUUCUACAAAAAAACCACAUCUUUCUGGAUCAUCAGAAAAACCUGAUGGCCUUAUAACAACAGUCAAACCACAUUUACCUUCUGUAUCAGAUAACCAAGAUCAGUCUAAUACAAACGAUAGUAAUAACUCUUCAGCAUACGAUCAAAAUGCUGAUUUAAAUGCUGAAUCUAGUUCCAUCGUAUAUGGAUCAAAUAAAAAUACUGAAGAUUCUCAAGUGGACAUUGAUAAGCUACCAUCGACAUCAUAUUUACCAAAAGAUGAUUCAUCAAAACUAGAACCAUCUGAAGAUUCAUCAAAACUAGAACCAUCUGAAGAUUCAUCAAAACUUGAAUCAUCUAAAGAUGGCAAGAAACCUCUUUGUCCACUUAUAAUGGGCUUUCCAGUAUGCAUUAAUUCUGGUUCAAACACACAAAACACCGAAGAGAAUAAAGUGCAGGCCUCUACAACUGCAUCAUCUUCUUCAUCAGUUCAAAAUGAUGAUACUACGAGCAAUAGUAAUAAUUAUUCGAAUGUAAAUAACAAUAACAAUAUUGUUACAUUACCGCAAUCUUCUGUAUCGAACAAUGAAGCUGGCCCUUUAACAGCUACCCCAUGUUUACAUGGUCAUAGUUCAACUUCUAAUGCAAAUGCAGAUACUACAAGAAAAUCAGAUUCGCAAUCAACUGCAAGACCAACGGAAGCAUUCUCCGAGAAACUAUUUACGUCAGUACUUCUUACUACCCCAAGAACUUAUCGUCCAGGAUGGAAGAAUUUAAUUCCAAAUUCUGCAAUUGAUAAAGAAUCUUCCGUAGAUGCAAAUGAAUCCGAAUCUUCAUCGACUGUCAGCUCGCAAAAUAUAUUUGGAUCACUUGGUGGUAUAAAUUCUGACAAUGUGAUUGAUAAUUCAGGAGUUUACGAAAAUCCAGUAAUAAUAAAAUCUCGACAAAUCCAUUAUUACCUUCGACUUUGUCAGAUGAAGUAA